AAAUGGUGAAAAUAAAAAAUUGAGAAAAGUCAUCAAGGGAAUAAAGGAGACGAUCGAGGGAGAAAAAUGAAGAGAAACGGGGAAGAGGAAGAAGACCAAGAGGAGUGCCAAGACGAAGAGAUGAACAAGGGUGGGAAGAGUGAAGUAAGGAAGACAUUGGGACUGUUGAUAUGUGGUACCUUAGUGUACUACCACUGUGCGUAUCGAAAUUCAAGUCUUCUUUCUUUACUCUCAGACGUUCUUAUUGUCCUCCUAUGUUCUCUCGCAAUUCUCGGCCUUCUGUUCCGCCAAAUGAACAUCUCGGUACCUGUGGACCCACUUGAAUGGCAGAUCUCUCAGGACACUGCUAAUAGCAUUGUUGUGUGGUUCGCUAAUACUGUAGGGGCAGCUGAGUCUGUUUUGAGGGUUGCUGCAACAGGGCACGACAAGAGACUGUUCUUUAAGGUUGUUCUCUGUCUUUAUGUACUAUCAGCCCUUGGACGACUGGUCUCUGGUGUUACAGUUGCUUAUGCAGGGUUAUGCUUGUUCUGUCUUUACAUGUUUGCUGAGAACUCACAAUCCAUCAGCGCAUGUGUGUCUUGGUUUUUAAGGCGCAGAAAUAGCGCUGCUGCAGAAGUAGAUAACAUGUAGUUGCCAAUUUUGUUUGUACAGUCAAUUAAAUACAUUAUCUUCUAGACUCAUUAUGGAGAAGUUUAUGAAUAUUUUACCUCAACAGUUUAAAAAACAAGAGAAAAAGAAAAAUAGGACUAAUCCAUAAACAAUCAACCUGUAUACUUGCUGCCUCUACUUCUGUAAUUCUAGUGAUUCUUAUGCUGUAAUGAGAAUUGAGUUUUCAAGAAUA